GCAGUUGCGCUAAAAUAAGGAGGAUGCAGAAUUAAGGAUUGGUGCAAUUUGCUGGGCUCAGCUUCUCGAGAGAACUCGGAGAAGGCGUAUCGUUCGUGGGUUUCUGCACGCAGAGUAUUUGUCCAUCCUCGAUUCCGCAGUUCCGGCUGCCGUCUGGGGAAGUUGCCAUCUCAAUUCUGCUCGAUCCAGCGACCCUGUUCUGAGGUUUUUCUUCUCGUCGACCGCAAACAUGCCUCGCAAUCGCAGCGCUGGGCGUCCUGCCCCUCGACCUGCGGCUCGGCCGAUGUCAUCACGGGCUCCUCCUCCUGCUCAUGUUCAGCAGGCCCCUCCUCCGGCAGUCCCGCAGUCGGGUGGUGGCUCUAUGCUUGGUGGCCUUGCCAGCACUAUCGCUCAAGGUAUGGCUUUUGGAACCGGUAGUGCUGUUGCACAUAGGGCUGUGGACGCUGUUGUUGGUCCUAGGACCAUCCAACACGAACAUGUUCAAUCCACGGACGGUGCCGGAAACUCUACGUCGGCACAAAUAACAAAUGUUGCUCAAAAUGCUUGCUCCAACCAAACCAAGGCUUUCCAAGAUUGUAUCCAAGCCAACAACGAUGACAUUGGAAAAUGCCAAUUUUACGUGGACAUGCUGAACGAAUGCCGCAGGGGUUCCUCAUCAAUGACUUUAUGAGCUUCUCACGUUGGGGUGCACCAUAGCUUGCACAUACUUCGAACUUGCAUUGAAGGGGAAAGUUUGUGUGUUGUUACUCCAGGACCGGGACCCAAAAGCAAUUAACGUUGAUAUUUGAGCUCAAGAGAGGCUCUUUAUUCCGGAAGGAUGUGCAGCAAUUCAUGCAAGCAUUUCUUCCUUCCACAGGGGUUCAGUAGUAGGCAAAAGGUCCAAAAUUCAUGGACACAUAAAUUAUAAUAUGGGGCACAAUUUAUUAAGGUGGACAGUUUGAACUC